AUGAUGUCGUUGUCCCUUCCUCUUUUUCUCUUUUCUGCACUGGUACUCCGGGCCGCCGCCGCCCCGGCCCCAGCCCCAGCCCCCGCGCUGACGACUGUACUGGCGCCGUUCCCGCUGGACGACAACGGCGCGCCGCUGAUGGCGAGCAUCCUCGGCGUCGACGGCGCGGGACACACCACGUUCGCGAUCGCGGAGCCCGUGCUGCAGGGCAAGUCCAGCACCGUCGGCGUCCUCACCGCAACUCUGGUCGCGGGCUCGGACUACGCCUCCGCGACGCUCCCGGUCGGCGCGCCCGGGUUCGACCUGCAGUUCGGCGGCGCGUGCAGCUUCGGCCCGGGCGGAAAGGCCGCGUGCGACGAUGGGAACGGCGGGACGACGACGCUCGACGUGGCCGCGGUGCAGUCGGCAAUCGGGAGCCUGUCGCAGGUGCUCGACGUCGUCGGCCCGACGCCGGCGCCGUCGGGCCCGGCCGGGGCGGGAAAGAAGAGCGCGGGCAUGCGCGUAAGGAGCGGCGGUGUGUUUGGUGUUGCGGCGGCGAUUGGGGUGUUGUCGGCGAUGGUGCUGUAA